AUGUCCAAGAGAAGAGAGAUAGUGUUCAAUAUCUCACAAAACUUCAGAAUUCUUCAUGUGCUCGGUGAAGGGUCCUUUGGAGUUGUGUGUCUAGCCAUUCAUGUGCCUACGGGGACAAAAGUGGCAAUUAAAAAGGUGGUUCCCUUCAAUAGACAUCUUUUCUGUCUUCGAACCCUUCGGGAAAUCAAGCUCUUGGCCAAGUUCCGUCAUCAUGAGAACAUUGUGCAGCUCUUUGAUAUACAAAAGCCGCUCGAUUUCGACCAUUUUGACGAGGUUUACCUUAUACAAGAGUACAUGCCGUCAGAUCUACACAAGAUCAUAGUCACGCAACCACUCACAGAGGAACAUGUUCGGUACUUCACCUACCAAUUGUUGCGUGGUCUCAAGUACAUCCAUUCUGCCAAUGUCAUACAUCGAGAUUUGAAACCUGCCAACGUUUUGGUUAAUAACAAUUGUGAUCUUAAGAUUUGUGAUUUUGGGUUAGCUAGGAUUGAUAAUAAUUUAGAUAGAGGUAAUGUUUCUGCCUUGACUGAAUAUGUGGCCACGAGGUGGUACCGAGCACCAGAGGUGAUGUUGGCAGCGUCACAAUAUUCCAUUGCCAUGGAUUUGUGGUCUGUAGGGUGUAUCCUUGCAGAACUAUUCAGUGGGAAGCCACUUUUACCAGGGAAGGACUACCGACACCAGCUCUUGCUCUUGUUUCAGCUCUUAGGGACCCCAAAAAUUGAAGAUAUGGCUUUCAUCCGAUCCAGAAGGGCCACUGCAUAUAUUCAAACACUCCCCAAAUACUCACCAUUGGAUUUCCAACGAUAUUUCCUGAAGUUCCCAUCAGCACAUCCACUUGGGAUCGAUCUCUUAUCGAAAUUACUUGUGUUCGAUCCACUGGACCGGUACACCGUCCAAGAAGCUCUUGAGCAUCCAUAUCUUGCUGUUUACCAUGACCCAGGGGAUGAACCAUCCACGGAUUCAUUACUGGUUGAUGAAUUCGAUUUUGAUUCUAGAGAUCAAACGAUCUUAGAUUUGAAGAAGGAGUUAUAUAGUAGUAUUAUGACAUUAAAUGGGUGA